UGGCACGUUCAUUUAUCCGUGACAUGUUGGCUGGAAGCAUAAGGUUGCAUAACGAUUAGUGUAGUUGGUUUAUGUAAACACUAUUUAUUUGCCAAGUUCUUAACAUUUUGCGCGUCUUUAAUUCCACACAGGCUUUUCGGCAGCUUUGUUUUUCUAAAACGUAUAUUCUGAGUUUGUUCACUCCGUUAUAGCUUAAGAUUUACAGAAUUUUUGUAAUAUACCUAGCGCAUAACCUCUAAAUUUUAAUAUCACAGUGGAUAAUUUACAUUUCUUUAGCUGUGUAUAGGAAUUCGGGUUUAAGAGUGGAAUACAGAUACACUGAGCAAGGGCAGUUUGGAGCUGACAACAUGAUUGACAUUGCUCAUGAAGAUGAUGUCCCAAGGUUUAUGUUGGAGGCUGUGCCAAAUCUCCCAUUGCUACCAGAUGAUGUUCUCCUCUACAUCAUGAAAUAUUUGGGACCAGUUGAACUUCAUAACUUGGGCAAGGUAACAGAUCGUUUGGGGCACCUUACAGCUGAUAAGAACUUGUGGAAGAUGGUUGACUUCAGACCUCACAAACUCACGAGCAGUGAACUGUUGAAAUACGUGAAUUAUUUUAAGAAGUCUACAAAGUACCUAGCAAUGAGAGGAUUUAGAUCUGAAGCCCCAGACCCUCAGUGGAUGGAAGAGGUUCUUACACCAGAAUUGAUGAAAGAGAUUUGUACAAGGUGCCCUGAGUUGGAGACAUUGAUACUACAUGAACAUUUUGGAGUAGCAUUUAAGUUGGGACUCGAACUGUUCCCAGAGACCAUUCGUUAUUUGUCUAUGAGAGAUUGUGUGAUAACGGAUGUGAAUCUUCAUCAGUCAUAUUUCCAUAAGAUGCACAUGACUUUGCCUUAUAUAAAGGUCCUGAUAUUGAGUAACUGCCUUUGGGUUUCACCUCAUGAUUUCAUGGCCAUUAGUAAGUGUUACCAUUUGGAAGAGUUGCGAUUGGAUGGCUGCCCACAACUGGGAGAAUGUGUGCAAUACACAAGCCUUGCUGCAAGAUUUGGUUUCCAUUCCUUGAAGAUUUUAGAUUUGCGAAAUACAAGAAUGGGCGACAGUGAUGUGGGCUGCUUCAACCGGUCCUGCAAUCUGACUCAUCUCUAUCUACAGUGCCCAUCAUCUGAUGUUGAUAACUUGUGUUGUCAUCCAGCAUGUUUGCCAGAUAUAUUCCUGGACUCCAGUGAUGAUGAUGAAACUUCUCCAUUCAUGACAAAGAAUCGUCUUCCUGUUUGUGUAUCACAGUCACUGCCAGCUCUUCCAGCCAGGCAUUUAAAGAAAUCACAUCAGUUUGGUUCUACAUCCUUGUUUGAACUCAGAACUGACCCAUACAGAGCUGCUCCAUCUACUUCACAUCCAGAGGGAGAUGAGAAUGGAGAUCCUAACUUGCCACAGGCUUCAACAUCAUACACUGUUUCAUACCCAAGAACACCAUUUUUAACUUCAAGAAAACUAGAGUCAUGUAAGAAACAUUCAUCAGGUGAUUCAGAUUCAAGUAGUGAUGAAAAUGUGUAUUCAUCAGUCUCUUGUCCUGUAUCAGGCAAUGAAUUACAUGAACAGACAUGGACAUUUGAAGAAGGCACACUUUUACCAACCAAUCAAGUCUCAUGUACUGGAACUAGUGUAUCUGAGGCUGGCAGCAGGGGCAGGAAACGUCGACACUCUUCUGGUGACCACAAUUCAGUUCCUAAUGAACCAUGUGCAUCUACACAUUCAUUUGUUACAUCUGAAUCAGAUAAUUCUUUGAAAGUGAGGAACUUUGUGUCUGUUAGUUCAAACACUUGCUCUAUGACUGACAAAAGUAGUAAACUGCAAGGAGAUUCAUUGUGUCAAAAAUUGAAAACAAUUUCUGGUUCUUCAUCAGCUAAUUUGAAAGUAAAUUGUUUUCAGGAGAGUGACGUUUCCAAAGAAAAUGACACUGAGCGUGGAAGAAGUUCAAAAGCUGAUCUUUCUGUCUAUGCACCAUUUUAUAUGAAACCUAGCUGGUGUAAGCUUCAUAGGGUGCCUCGAUGUAACAAGUACAUGGGUCUACGUCUGUUUCAUCACCCUCACCUCGAACCUUCUAAUAACUCAACGAUUUCAGACAUGUGCAUCAUGUCGUUUGUCUUGAAAGACGGUGAAACAGAUGGAGCAGGGUAUGUAAGGAUCAUAUCACCACAAGUGGCAAGUACCAAACCUCCAGAACUCCACACACUGGUUGUAAAGGAUUACAAAAUGAUUACUGAUGCAAGUCUGACAUACUUGCUGAAGCUAAAAAGCUUACGUUACUUGGACAUAUCAGGGACAUCAGUAACUGAGGUUGGUGUUUUGCAGUUCAGGUUGAAACGACCUGAUGUUGAGGUAAUAUCAGAUUACAGAGGCCUCCCUAUUUAACCAAGUUUAGUGUAUUUGGAUGGAAAACCUAUUUAAGCCUAAUUUCUGCGUUUCAAGAUCCAUUUACUUUAUUUCAUGUUGUCAAUAGUGUUCAAAUCACCCCUCAUCUGCUCUCCCGAAGAACAUUAAAUAGGGAUUAUACUGUUAUGUUUGUACUGUUGGCUCGUGGAAGAAGUGCUUCAUUUAUGUACCUUGCUGAGACACAAUUAAACAGUUGCUAUUCAAAAUCAUCCACAUCAAAAUAAUAAUAAUAAUAAUAAUAAUGUAGUCAACUUCAGUUAGAAUAUGAAAUCUUACUUGUCCCAUGUUGCAGCUAAAAUUUUGCAUUCCUGAAGGAAGCUGUAAAUGAGUGUGUCUGUUGAUUGAUCCAGUUAUGAUACUUCACAUUUCUUUAAAUUAUCAUAUAUGAUAUGAUGUAUGAGACUGGUUUGCUUUCAGGAUAGAUCAGUGAGAAAUUUUGAGUGGAAACAUCUAUGUGAUGUUCCAUUCCAUCAUGUAGUGCAAAGAUUAUGUUUUGCUAUAGUACCACCUUUCCUUAGGCACAAGGCACCGAUCAGAACUCAGUAUUUUGAUUGCUGUUCAAGUCUGUGUGCAAACCAAAUAUUUUUCACCCCAGUAGUCAGUCAUUGUGUAAAUAUUUAAUAAAGACAUGGCUGACAUGGCAUUAUUACUACUAAAUUACUUUCAGACACAGUCUUCUGUAUAGGGAAUGCAUCUCAGUAGUUACAUGAAUAAACUUUCUUGGUAACCCAGUAGUAAUUCCCACUAAUAUAUUUCUUGGUCAUUAUUUAUUCAACAUAAAUAAUAAUACAGCCAUAAAUGUAAUGUAUUGUGCAAGAAAUUAAAUAUUUUUGCUUUAUUAUUAUAUAUUGUAGUUAUGUAUAUAAAAUAAUGUAUGUUGAAGUGAAGAAAUCUGCAUUCAUAAAAAAUUCUGUUUUAUUUUAAUAGCAACAAAUGUCCACAACACAUUGUAAUAUAAAAUUUGGAAAUUGUGAUGCACGUAUUAGGAGGUUGCUAGAUACUGAUAGCAUAUUAAAAUACAUAUUAGAAAAAUA